UCUGGGGUUCCUCAGUUUGGCUUCCUAAAUAACUCAUAAUCCAGAUUGCACUGCUGAUAAGGUGGUUGGUUUUAUUUAUUUUGAACAUAGGACCGAGCAUUAAAUACAUCAAACCCAAGUGGUUAAAACAUGAUGGGGGAGGGGAGAAAACUUUUCCUGCUUAUAUAAUUACUGAAUGUUAAAGUCCUCGCAGCUUGAUUCUUACUAAGAAGAUCCUUUUCUCUCCCUCAGUUCUCUGGAGCAGAAGCGUCACCUGGUGUGACUGAUUUUUGUCUGAUUUCUUCUUGCCCCAACAGUCUGUCGCUCCAACAAAAGCCCCUGGAUCUGCCUGACUUGCUCAAGCGUCCACUGUGGGAGGUAUGUAAACGGCCACGCCAAGAAGCAUUACGAAGAUGCUCAAGUGUCUUUAAUGAACCACAAGAAAGCAGAAAAGCAAGAAAAGGUUCAGCACUUGGUGUGCAUGGAUUGUAGUAGUUACAGCACCUACUGUUAUCGCUGUGAUGACUUCGUAGUAAACGAUACCAAGCUAGGCCUGGUGCAGAAAGUCCGGGAGCAUCUACAGAACUUGGAAAACUCAGGUUUUACAGUAGAGCGACAUAGGAAAAGAAAACUUGAAAGUGCCUCGGUAAACAGCAAGUUAUUAAAAGUAAAUGGGAGCCCCGCAAGCUUGUGCGCCACAGGUCUUCGGAACUUGGGGAACACGUGUUUCAUGAACGCCAUCCUUCAGUCCCUCAGUAACAUUCCAGAGUUCUGCUGUUACUUCAAAGAGCUGCCAGCGGUGGAACUUCGGAACGGGAAGACUGCAGGCCGGCGGACGUACCACACGCGGAGCCAAGGAGAGAACGGCGUUUCCCUGGUGGAGGAAUUCCGGAAGACCCUCUGUGCUUUGUGGCAAGGAAGUCAAACCGCCUUCAGCCCCGAGUCCCUUUUUUACGUGGUUUGGAAAAUCAUGCCCAACUUCAGGGGGUACCAGCAGCAAGAUGCCCACGAGUUCAUGCGCUACCUCCUGGACCACCUGCACCUGGAACUGCAGGAGGGCUUCAACGGUGCUGCCCCCCCAGCGCUUCUUCAAGAGGAGCCUGGUCUGACUGCCGGCAGCCGGUGCUGCGUGAAUGGCACUUCUACCGUUGUCACCACGAUCUUCGGAGGCGUCCUUCAGAAUGAAGUCAACUGCUUGAUAUGUGGAACUGAAUCCAGAAAGUUUGAUCCAUUCCUAGACCUCUCGCUAGAUAUUCCAAGUCAGUUCCGGAAUAAAUGUAACAAGAACCAAGAGAAUGGACCAAUCUGCACGUUGCGGGAUUGUCUCCGUAGCUUCACCGACCUGGAGGAACUCGAUGACUCGGAGCUCUACAUGUGCCACAAGUGUAAGAAGAAGCAGAAGUCCACCAAGAAGUUCUGGAUGCAGAAGCUGCCCAAAGUGCUGUGCCUGCACCUGAAACGCUUCCACUGGACGGCCUACCUGAGGAACAAGGUGGACACCUUUGUCGAGUUCCCUCUGCGCGGCCUGGACAUGAAGUGCUACCUGCUGGAGCCGGAAAACAGCGGCCCAGACAGUUGCCUCUAUGACCUCGCGGCUGUGGUUGUGCACCAUGGGUCAGGGGUCGGUUCUGGGCACUACACAGCAUACGCGACUCACGAAGGGCGCUGGUUCCACUUCAACGACAGCACGGUGACGCUGACGGAGGAGGAGACGGUCUCGAAAGCCAAGGCCUACAUCCUCUUCUACGUUGACCGGCAGGCGAAGUCUGGAGCCGAGAAACUUUAAGGCCUCUCUCUGCCCUGCGCAUAUCUAGUCCAACGGACAAAACAUUUCCAGUUCUCCACAGAUACUUGAUCCGAGACUCUUGAUUUCAUUGUGCACUUUUCAAAAAAAAAUUUUUUUGGUGGGUUCUAGUUUUAUUACAUUGUCGGUAGUAGCAUUUGACUUAUUAAAAAAUGGACACAAGCUAACUUUGUGGUUAGUCAUACCGGAAAAAAAAAAGGCAAAACCUCAGCAGAUCCUGAAAUGCUGCUUAAACUCAGAUUUUAUACCUGGUUUCAAGAGCAACUUUUCAUGUUUGACUUUCCUGUCUCCGUGUUCUGGUUUGCUUUCUAAAGGCACAAUUCCACGAGGGAAACUUGAAUCCUUUUGAGGAGCUGGGAAAGGCCAGCUGGGGCUUCGGUGGGUCUCCCAGGAUCAAGGACUCGACCCCCACCCACCCCCGGCCCAACCGGGAUGCAGGCACAGACUUUGGGACGCCCCCUUUCUUCCUCUGCGGGGCUGAAGGGGGCUGCAUUAAACAGGCCAUGUAACUGCUGCUAUUUGUGUUUCUCCGACGGCUGUUCCUUUUAGUCUGUAGAUUGUACUUCCGUAGAUGGCGGCACUGUUUGUAAUAGAAACUCUUUUUUAGAAAAUCCUUUAUACGAAUACAGAAAAUUACUAUUCUGCUGCAAUUAAGGUACCAAAAAA